AUGCUACUUACGUAUGCGUCGGCUCAAUCAAUCAAUGGCAUCACUCUGAAAACGCCACUGGAAAAAAUAAAGCUUGGCAACCUCGACGAAAAAGGAACCUUCUUGGAGUUGGAAGACUACGUCCAGCUAACGCUUCCAAAACUUUUGGUAACCUUCGCGUCGCCUAAGCUCCACGACCUACGGCCCCCGAAUUCCUCGGCACCCGAAUCCUCCUUCUGCACUGACCGUCCAAUCACCCACCCGAUGGGGGGCGACACAACAGCAACCGCGCUCAGCGCACUCUUCUUCUACCUCUCCCGGAACCGCAGCGCCUACGACAAGCUAGCGUCCGAGAUCCGCGGUGCUUUCAGCAGCAACUCAGAAAUCCGCGGGGGCUAG